ACCAUUUACUUCUUUUUUGACCUAAGAUUUCUGAAAGACGUACCAAGGGUGGCCGUUCUGCUUCGACCUCUACGCCUUAUAAUUUUGGUAAGAGUUUUCCAUCUGGCUUACCAAAACAGACAACUCCAAAAGCUGACCAGAAGACUGGUGAGUGGGCAAAACUUGUGUUUUGGGACAUAAUGGCAAGGGAUGUAGAUACCUAUAUAAUGUUCUUCACUUCUAAGUUGAUUUGUGUUUGACAAGUUAAUUAUUGUUUUGAACUCUCAGGUUUCAGAAAACAAAAGGCGAUACAGGAGAGAUGGAUUUGACCUAGAUCUCACUUACAUAACUGAUCGCAUUAUCGCCAUGUCAUUUCCAUCUUCUGGAAAGCAGUCUUUCUACAGGAAUCCAAUUAAGGAAGUUGUGAGGUUCCUGGAUACCAAACAUCGAAACCAUUACCGAGUCUACAAUCUAUGCAGUGAAAGAGCUUAUAAUCCUGAACAUUUUCAUAACAGAGUCCAAAGAAUCAUGAUUGAUGAUCAUAAUGUCCCUACUCUCAGCGAGAUGGUGGUAUUCUCCAAAGAAGUAAAUAUGUGGCUGGCUCAAGACAAGAAGAACGUAGUAGUGAUUCACUGCAAAGGCGGCAAAGGAAGAACUGGGACAAUGGUCUGUGCUUGCCUCAUUGGUAAUCAGAUCUUUGGUACUGCAAAGGAAAGUCUUGCUUAUUUUGCAAGUCGACGUACUGAUCACACCAUCAGUAGUAAAUUCCAAGGAAUUGAAACUCCCUCCCAAAGUAGAUAUGUUGGAUAUUUUGAGAAUGUGAAAAAUCUCUGCAACUGGACUCUCCCGCCAAAAAAAAUCCUCACGCCAUACAAAAUUAUCAUUUAUUCAAUUCAUAAUGUUGGAAAAGGCGAUGGAAGUGACCUAAAAAUUCAAAUAACUACAAAACAACAGACAGUCUUUUCAUGUUCAUCUUCUAAAAACUGCAAGAUAUUUCACGAUGUCGAAACUGACAAAGUCAUUAUUGAAUUGUUGAACUGUCCAAUCCUAUAUGACGACGUUAAAGUCAGAUUUCUCUCUCGGAAUCUCCCCAAAUACUACGACAACUGUGCAUUCUUCUUUUGGUUCAAUACAGCUUUCAUACAAAAUAACAGGCUGUAUUUAAGACGAAAUGAAUUGGACAACCCACACAAACGAAAAGCCUGGAAAAUUUACAGUUCAUGUUUCUCAGUUGAGAUGUACUUCAAUCAGACCUAAGGUAAUUAUCCUGUACCUGGUACUCUUUUUAGUGUAGCUCCUCUUAUAACACACAUCAUAUGCUUCCCAAUCGGUACCACACAUGUUUUCCAAAGCUAUCUAUUUGUAGGCACAUAUACUGACUUUUGUGCAUGUAUAUAAUUGUAUAUAGUUGAGAAAUUAAACAUUAAAGUGUCAAUGGUGAUUUUUUAAAAAAUGUAUUUAUUUGAAAUGCAGAGCAACCGAGAAAGAGUGAGUAUGUAAAAGAGAAAAAGAGAGAGAGCAUAUCUUCCAUCCACUGGUUCACUGCUCAAAUGGCCACAGGACCAAGGCCAGGAGCCCAGUACUCUUUCCAGAUCUCCUACAUGGAUGGCAGGGGUCCAGGCACUUCAGCCAUCUUCACUCCCUUCUCAGGCACAUUAAGAGGAAGGUGGAUCAGAAGCGGAGCAGCUGGGAGCUAAUCUGCACUCCAACAGGGGACACCAGUUACAAGCAAUGGCUUAACCGGCCACACCACAAUGCUGACCUAUAUUUCUUUCCUUUUUAAGUAAUAUACUUCAUGGGAAGUUUCCAUCUUAUGAUGAGAUAAAUGAGAACAAAGG